AUGAAUCUUGCAUUAAAGUCAAUCGACAGCUGGUCAAGAGUAAUCGGCCGUUGUCUUCUGGUGGAAACGACCUUCGAAUCUCUUCCCCCAAACACUUUCACUCGAAAUGAAAGUGAGCUCAACAACGAGCACGGUAAGCCGGAUUUUCUUCGUACAUUUCAACUGACAAAAGUCCAAGUCAACCCUUCUGCGGCAUCCGGUCUGCCAGUCUACAAAUGCAUUAGAUCCGCCUUCUCAAUCGAAUUGAGUGUUACGCCAGUAUCUAUCUUCUGA